UCUUAAAACUUACAAUAUUUUAUAUUUUAUUUAAGUCUUGAACAUAAUAUAUUUUUUUAAUUCGAGUGACAUUGUACGACAUCAAUAUUAAUAGGAAUCAAUGUAUUAUGUCCAUCAAAAUGGGAACUACCUAGUUAAACUUACUAAGUAGUAAGUUAAAUUCAACAAUAUCUUUAACAUACUCUGUUUUAUCAGGAAGUCAAAAAUAAUGUUUUCAAGAAAAUAUCUUUUCACAGAGGUUUUUAUUAAGUCAUUAUGUUCAGUUAAUACUAAUCGUUAUUUUAAAACAUCAGUUCAAGUCAAAAAACAUUUGACAUUUCACAAAUGGACCUUAGAUUAUUUCAGAAAUCAACCACAUUACAAUAAGUUUGUAUUAAAACAAUCUAUAACUGAAGACAAAAAAUCUCUUUACAACUCUAUUAAUUUAAAUACAACUUCUACUGACGAAUUACUUAUGAACUAUUUUUCAUUAACAAACAUUUCUCAUCAUGAAAUCGAUAAAGAAUUAGCAACUCGAGUAAAUGAUAUGUCAAUCAAUCAAAUACUUGCAUUAAUGGAUGCCUGUUUAUCUGGGAAACUCCAGUUCCACAAAAACUCAAGAUCAUUUAAAAAAUGUAUUGAAUUAAUGGACGAACUAUGGUUUCGAAGACCUGAUUUAACUAUUUCACAAACUAUACAGUUGAUUUAUUAUGUUAGUAUAAACAAAAAUAAAUCAAAACAUGUAGUGGAGUUUGGAUUACAGAAAUUGAUGAAUGAAAUUGAUUAUUUGAAAAAAUUAACUGAUGAAGAAUUAAGUGUUAUAGCUGUGGCAACAUACAAAACUAGUGCAAAAGUUUAUGAUAAAAUGCUGAGAAUAUUUGCCUACAGGCUUGAAAGAAACUUAGAUAAUCUCAUACACAACCCUUUAAAUUUUGUAUCUAUGAUUAAACCUCUGAAAAAAGCAAAGUACCAUGACCCUGUACUGUUAACCCGACUGAUAAAUGCCUUUAGUAGUAAUAAAAAUAACAAAGUCUUAGAAGAUGUGACUAGUAGCAUUCAUCUUCUUACAUACUUUGCAGAUGCAAAUUGUGGCGAAGUAGACUUUUUGCAACAAUUGAUUGAUUCUAUUGGGAAUAUUAUGAUUAAAGAUUGUUUAAAACAUUACCGAAUUAAAGAUGUUUCUAACUAUGUUUUUUCAGCCAGUUACUUAGGUAUAACUCCAAACAAUCCUAAUGUGUGUAAAAUGAUAGUAAAUUUCAUAGAGGAUAUUUUCAAAUCUAAAAAAAAAUGUGAAGAAAUGUCCAAAACAUUAAUAGGAAUGUGCUUAUCAAUGUGGAUGUUGAACUAUAAACCAAUAAAAAUUAUGCAGUUUAUGUUUAAUGAAGUACCUGUUACAACUUUAAGAAUGCCCAACGCUCACAAACAAGAUAAUAGACUCAAUCUAUUGUUAACAUGUGCUCACAUUGAACACCCCAAUCUAAAAUUGGGGCACCAAUUAAUUGAAGAAACCACUAAUUCCAUGCCUAAGCCUUCUAAACAUUUAGCGGAGCGUCCAUUUUUGGUAAUGGUGUAUAAAUCCUUGCAGACACUGUCCUAUGAAUUGGAUAUAAUGCAUGUAGAAUAUAAUUUCUGUAUACCUAACUUGAGAAUAUUAGGAAUAAAAAUUAUUAGAACAAAUGGCGAAAUCAUUUAUGUAGAAGUUUUGGACAAUAGUAAUUGUCUUUAUAAUACAUUAAUUCCAAAUGGUAUGAUGAAACUCAAAUUUCGCCUUGAAUCAAAGUUAAAUUAUUUUGUUAUUAGAGUAAACAAUAAAGAAAAUACAUUACGGAAUUCAAUAGAAUUGAAAUGUCACUUGGAGUCAUUACUAUCCAAAAAAUAAGAAAUUUUUAAAAUAUUGAUAUUAUGUAUGAUUAGUAAGAUUAGUUAUUUUUUUG